GACAGAUGUCAUUGACGGACUGUACACAAACCAACACAUGUGAGCUGACAACUGUCUUGAUUAAAUGUGUCUAUCAACUGACAUUAUAUCGUUCACACCUUGUUAAUCGCGCUAGAAAUAUUGGUCUCUGCCUAACUACCGAAUUAGAUUGAUAUAAGCGCAUGAAGUGGCUGACAUACUGGCUGGUGAAGAGGACAAACACAACACAUGACAUCUAAGUGAGCAUCCUCAUGCUGAUUGCAAGAGCCUGCAGAUUUGGUGGACGUGUCAGGUCUUGUGUUGUCAAUCCCUUAGCUUGUUUUUUCACUAGUCCCAGCAUGGCCAAGAGUAAGUUUGAGUACGUCCGCAGCUUUGAGACGGAUGACAGUUGUCUGCGAAACUGUUACAUUGUUGUGAGACUGGAUGGACGCAACUUCCACAAGUUUUCAGAGCAGCACAAGUUCACAAAGCCCAAUGAUAGCAGGGCUUUGGGCCUGAUGUCCCGGAGUGCACACUCUGUCAUGGCUGAGAUGGAGGAUAUUAUCAUCGCCUAUGGUCAAAGCGAUGAGUUCAGCUUUGUUUUCAAGAGGACCUCCAACUUGUUUAAGAGGAGAGCCAGUAAGCUGAUGACCCACGUGGCCUCCCAGUUCUCCUCCUCCUAUGUGUUUUACUGGAAGGAGUUUUUUGGGGAGCAGCCCCUCUUGUACCCGCCAAGCUUUGAUGGACGUGUGGUCCUGUAUCCUAGCAACCGCAACCUCAGAGACUACCUCAGCUGGAGGCAAGCAGAUUGUCACAUUAAUAAUUUGUACAACACAGUGUUUUGGACGUUAGUGCAGAGGGGAGGACUCACCACCACCCAGGCAGAGGAUCGCUUAAAGGGAACAUUAGCUGCAGACAAAAACGAGAUCCUGUUCUCCGAGUUUGAUAUCAACUACAACAAUGAAUCUGCCAUCCACCGGAAAGGAACUGUUCUCAUCUGGGAAAGGCGAGAUGAAACUGUCACUAAACGCGUGAAGCUACCGAACGAAGAGGAGAAGGAAGUGCCUGUGACUCGCAGCAGGAGGAGGGUGCAGGACCACCACUGUGAUAUUAUAGGAGAUCAGUUUUGGGAGGAACACCCGGACAUCCUGGAGGACGACAACUGCUAACGGCUCUUGUGCUGCUGGAGGAGAAACUGUCUGAACUGUGGUCGAACCAGAACGGUUGAUUUGGAUUCAAACAAGCAGUGGACAGCUAACAGCACGAAGCUUAACACAUUUGAAUUCCUUGAGAGAGCUUUUUGACUUUGUGCGAUUACUCUCUCGCAGCCGAAACAGUUUCUUACUUUCGUGUAUUAAACUUCUGUCAUAACUUUCCUAACAUCGUAAGUUUUCUGCUUAAAAUUGCGUGAUGUUGCCUGUCAUGUUCAAAGCGAAGCAGAUGAUUUCAUAAUCUUUUAGCUGUAGGUAUUGAGGACAUGCACGUCAGCGUGAUAGUUCAUACUGUCACAACUUCUCAGGCAUCUGCCCAUCCCUCUCUAGCUUAUUCUAGGAUUGCUUCUCCAAAUAUACACCCUCAUUUGAUACCAUGAAUGACAUUUAUGAUACUACCAUCACUUGAUCUUUCGGCUUGUUUCCUUUUGGCCCACUGCCUAGUUUUGCGGAGGGGUUUUUAUGUGUGUAUGCGGGCAGUCUGAGUCUCAAAAGUCUCCUUUUUUUCCCCUCAAUGUUUUAAUGAGUCAGGAUCUGCAAACUGUUCAAUAUCACUUCCAGUUUGACGUAAUAAACAGCGCAUCUGUGGGGGGAAAAGGCAGAGUGAAGCAGAAACCAA